AUGGCUCGUACGAAGCAGACCGCUCGCAAGUCCACCGGUGGCAAGGCGCCCCGCAAGCAGCUGGCUACCAAGGCCGCCCGCAAGAGCGCCCCGGCCACCGGCGGCGUGAAGAAGCCUCACCGCUACCGGCCUGGCACAGUGGCGCUGCGGGAGAUCCGCCGCUACCAGAAGUCCACCGAGCUGCUGAUCCGCAAACUGCCCUUCCAGCGGCUGGUGCGGGAGAUCGCCCAGGACUUCAAGACGGACCUGCGCUUCCAGAGCUCGGCCGUCAUGGCCCUGCAAGAGGCGAGCGAGGCCUACCUGGUGGGGCUGUUCGAGGACACCAACCUGUGCGUGUUUGACACCAUGUCUGGUCGUGGUAAAGGUGGUAAGGGGCUGGGGAAAGGAGGUGCUAAGCGCCAUCGGAAGGUGCUGCGUGAUAACAUUCAGGGCAUCACUAAACCCGCCAUUCGCCGCCUGGCUCGCCGUGGUGGAGUCAAGCGGAUUUCCGGGCUGAUCUACGAGGAGACUCGUGGGGUGCUCAAGGUUUUCCUGGAGAACGUGAUUCGCGACGCCGUCACCUACACGGAGCACGCCAAGAGGAAGACCGUUACCGCCAUGGAUGUGGUCUACGCCCUCAAGCGCCAAGGUCGCACGCUCUACGGCUUCGGCGGCUGAGUCUGACUUAAAGCCCCUUUCAGCAAUCU